GCGGCACGCGUGGGAAGGGGCGGGAUCAGACCAGUUGCGCGCGCAGAAGGUUGGUGUGCGGGAGCAGUUCAAGAUGGCUGCUGCCGCGUUCAGGGCUUUGCUGCGGGGAUGGAGAACCGGCGUCCAGCCAGGCUACGAGCUACGGCAGCUGAGCCGGGCGCAGGGGCCUCCUGACUCCCCUAGCUUCGUGGUGUCUGUGGAUGAAUACCAAUUUGUGGAGCGUCUCUUACCCCCCACCAGCAUACCAAAGCCCCCAAAGCAUGAACAUUAUCCCACUCCUAGUGGCUGGCAACCCCCCAGAGAUACCCCACCCAACCUGCCCUAUUUUGUACGGCGCUCUCGGAUGCACAACAUCCCUGUCUACAAGGACAUCACACAUGGCAAUCGCCAGAUGACUGUGAUCCGGAAGGUGGAGGGGGACAUUUGGGCCUUGAAGAAGGAUGUGGAAGAUUUUCUGAGCCCAAUGAUGGGAAAGAUACCUGUCACCCAGGUCAAUGAGGUGACGGGUACUCUGCGGGUCAAGGGCUACUUUGACCAGCAGCUCAAAGCCUGGCUCCUGGAGAAGGGCUUUUGAGGCCCAGCUGAGUAGCCUGUAUGACAGCAUCCCCUACAGAUGAGUCUAGGGGAUUUCAGAAAGAGGGAGGUGGGUAUUGGAACAACUACAGCAGGGGGUACAGAUACCAGGGCUGAGGGCUUGGGCAGGGUGGAGUCAGGGCUAAAGGCUUCAAGGAGGCCUUGCUUGCAUAAAGGGGGAAAUGGGAUCUUUGCACGGGUGCUGGUAGUGGGGUAGACUAACCUCACCAGUAACAGCCAAGCUAGAUGGGGGCAUUGGUUGCUACCAUCGCCUCCGCACCUUUGCUCAGUAUCUGUUUUGCCUUCGCUGGAGCUCCUUGGCCUCAGCUAUUCAAAUUCUAUAAGUUGUUGACUGCGCCUCAGGUGGCAGCAAUAGCCCAACCCAGUUUAAGGAAGGGUAGUCCAUGAUAGACCAGUCGGGCACAUUCCUGCCUUGGCCCUCAGACCCUCACUACUGUGCUCUUCCGAGCCCUUGCUGUCAGCUUGGUGGAGACUACAGACGACGCGGGUGACUCAGACACGGGUCCUCAAGGUCAAUUUGAAGUGCAGUCUUCGACAUGGGCACAAAGCACCCAAGCUUAUUUUUUCUACUCACAGAGGCUGUCACCUCUGUUCAUUCCAGGCCUGAGUUUGGCCUGACUGGGUUUCCAGCUCCAGGACGCUAAAUGAUUAUAGACUUAGCAGGUCUGUCCAUUAGGGUAUGCUUGGGAGCUCCUAGCCGCCUUAUGCCAGGCCAACUUUCCCAGCUUGACCUGGUAUCAAGACUGGAAAGGGGACUGUGAGCAGGAAGAGGCUGGCCAUUUGCCCCUGCCACUUUGUCCCACCUCCAGCCAGUGAACCUGCACACUUGCCCCAUCCUUAGAGUCACAGGAGCUGAAUGCCUGUGUUCCCAUCCCAACCCCAACAUCAAACUGGCUAAGAAAUGGUUCAGAAUCUGGUUCCCCUACUUGGUCUCUGACCUAAGGCAGGGUACUUAACUUCUCUGGGCCUCAGUUUCUUAUUAUGUAAAGUGAGUGUAUCUUAACAGUUUAUAAUCAAUAAUAUGAACUAAGUAAACCCUUACUCCUAGAGAUUCCGGGUCAUUCUCAAGCUGUAGCCUGAGCAAGAAAAAGGAGCCCAGCACACAGAUCCUACCACACUAGCUGCACAAAUUGUUAAUGCAAGUUUUUAUUUGGCUGUAUAUACAAUUUAAGCUAUUAAAAUUUGUACAAUAUUUACAAAUUAAA